AUGUUUAGAAAAUGGUCAAUAUUAUAUGUUUUGUCUGAAAUGGCUUGCUCUUCUUCUUUGCUUAUGUUCAAAUUGGAAAACGCUGAAUCGAGAAAUCCGUUGGAAUGUCUGAUUUGUGAUCGUCAGUUUAAAAAUCCGCUGCGCUUAAACUGUCACCAUAGUUUCUGUCAGGAUUGUAUUCGCGACAAGUCGUGCUGUCCAGUAUGCGAUUAUCCAAUUGAAGGAGAAGCUGUUUCGCAACCGAUGCAUUUUUGCGAAACUUGCCAACAAGCAUUGUGCAAUGAUUGUCGUCAGAAUGCUCACCAGGCAAAAAUGUUUUCCACUCACCGAUUGGUGCCUUUAGAAGAACGAUCCAGAGUCAAAGGUAAAAUUAAUUGUCCGAAACAUAAUGAGCCUUACAUACUUCAUUCUCUGGAUAAUCGUUCCUUGGCAUGCAUUGUUUGUUUCAAUAAUUCUGCUAUAGAUUCUAGACAUCACCUUGUGCAUAUUGAUGCAGCUCAUAAAACGGGAUGUGAAAAACUGGAUAAAGCAGCAACAAAAUUACGUAAUUUUCAGGACGACGUUAGAGAGCAACUGCAGUUACGAAAGCGAUUGGCUUCGGAGCUUUCUGACAGUUAUUCUGUGGCCUCUGAAAGCAUCAAACAGACUUGUCAAGAAAUGGUCGAUGCAAUAUUAUCAGUGAAGGAUCGAUUAUUAAAGAAGCUAGAUGAGACUAAAAAUAUUCGAGAAAAACAUUUUAAUGACCAAGUCAAAUAUCUCAUAUGCUUGCAGCCUUCAAUCCGGCUUUAUCUAUUGGGUGCGUCAAUCUUUUGUUCUUCGGCUUCGAAGAUUGAUUUCCUUCAGUUCUCCAAUGAAUUGUUGAAGCGAAUACAGGUAAAUCUUUAA